AACGUCUUACAAGUUUGUCAACCUCGUCGUCUUCUAUAUAGUAUCAAACAAAGCGCAACAGGCUUGGAACUUCGACACGUCUCGAGCAGCAUAUGGCCUCCAAAGAAUUCAUCGUCGUCUUCCUUUUAAUCCUCCAUGCCGCACUGACGACGGUCCACGGCCAAAACAUCAUCGACCGGUGCUGGCGCCGCCAGCGCAACUGGGCCGCGAACCGGCAGCGGCUGGCCGUGUGCUCGGUGGGCUUCGCCGGGAAGAUGCGGCAGAACCGCGGGGCCGGUGUCAUCCGCUACACGGUCACCGACCCCGGCGACGACCCGGUGCGGCCGCGCCCGGGCACGCUGCGGUACGGCGCGACGGUGCUGGCCGGGAAGGUGUGGAUCACCUUCGCGAGGAGCAUGCACAUCAGGCUGGCGCAGCCGCUGUUCGUGAAGAGCUUCACGGCCAUCGACGGGCGCGGCGCCGACGUGCACAUCGCGGGCGGCGCGGGCAUCGUGCUGUACCAGGUGCGCAGCGUCAUCGUGCACGGGCUGCACAUCCACGACUGCCGCGCGCAGCCCGAGGGCCCGGCGGUCAGGCCCGGCGGCGCCGUGCAGCCGGCCGGCGGCAUGGACGGCGACGCCAUCCGGCUGGUGUCGAGCACCAAGGUGUGGAUCGACCACAACUCCCUGUCGCAGUGCGAGGACGGGCUGGUGGACGUGACGGUCGGCUCCACCGACGUGACCAUCUCCAACAACUGGUUCUUCAACCACGACAAGGUCAUGCUGCUCGGCCACGACGACGGCCACGCCGCCGACAGCCGGAUGCGCGUCACCGUCGCGUUCAACCGGUUCGGACCAAACGUCAACCAGCGGAUGCCAAGGAUUAGGCAUGGCUACGCUCACGUCGUGAACAAUUUGUACAUGGGAUGGAAAGACUACGCCAUCGGAGGGAGCAUGGGACCAAGCGUCAAGAGCCAGGGCAACCUGUUCAUGGCCUCCGGCCCAGCAGAUAACAAGAAGGUGACGAGAAGGAUGCCGGUGGCGGGGAGGGAUGGAGGGGACUGGGCCUCCAUUGGGGACUCCUUCGAGAACGGCGCUUUCUUCAAGCAGACGGGCAGCAGGGUGCGCCCGAAUUACAACAAGCAUCAGGCCUUCGCGGCAGCCAGCUCCAACGAAGUAAGGUCGCUGACCAAGGACGCCGGCGUUCUCAGGUGCUCUGUCGGCGCCGCGUGCUGAUCAAAUGGAGACAAGAACCAGAUGCGCCCGCCACUAUCAGAGAGUUACAUGUUGCGUUAUUAGCUUGGCACGCUUACAUAUUUGUGCGUUGGUCUGUCGUGGCCUUUGUGUCUCAAUGCAUCUCCUUUCUAA